AAAACACAAAUCAAAAUGGCUGAUGAUGAGAAGAAGGCAGCUGCCGCACCAGCUCCUGCACCAGCACCAGCAGCAGCAGCAGCGGCCAAACCAGCUGCACCGGCAGCAGCCAAUGGCAAAGCGCCUGCAGCAGCACCAGCAGCCAAUGGCAAAGCGCCUGCUGCGGCUGCUCCUGCUGGUCCGCCCAAGGAUCCGAAUGAUCCCAAAGUGAAGGCCGAGGAGGCUAAGAAGGCUAAACAGGCUGAGAUCGAGCGCAAGCGUGCUGAGGUGCGCAAGCGCAUGGAAGAAGCCUCCAAGGCCAAGAAGGCCAAGAAGGGUUUCAUGACACCAGAAAGGAAGAAGAAACUCAGGUUGUUGCUCCGCAAGAAAGCCGCUGAGGAAUUGAAGAAGGAACAGGAACGCAAAGCGGCUGAACGUAGACGCAUCAUUGAAGAACGUUGCGGCAGUCCCAGGAAUCUCAGUGAUGCCAGCGAAGGCGAAUUGCAAGAGAUUUGCGAAGAGUAUUACGAGCGUAUGUAUAUUUGUGAAGGCCAGAAAUGGGAUCUGGAAUACGAAGUCAGGAAAAAAGACUGGGAGAUCAACGAUCUCAAUGCCCAAGUUAAUGAUCUUCGCGGCAAGUUCGUCAAGCCAGCCCUGAAGAAGGUCUCCAAAUAUGAAAACAAAUUCGCCAAGCUCCAGAAGAAGGCCGCUGAGUUCAACUUCCGCAACCAACUUAAGGUGGUGAAGAAGAAGGAAUUCACAUUGGAGGAGGAAGAGAAGGAGAAGAAACCCGACUGGUCCAAGGGCAAACCCGGCGAUGCCAAGGUAAAGGAGGAAGUUGAGGCCGAAGCUUAAGUGUCCCCGUGACCCGUGACUCCCGCCCUUAAAAACUUAAAAACACAAUUCAAAUUUAAAUUGAAAUUAUUUCUACAUCAAAUACCAAAUAUAUUUAAAUAUCUGAAUGUCAAUUUAAACCAAAUACAAUUUAUACUAUAUACAUA